UUGUGAUAAUGGAAACCAAAAAAUUGAUUGGUAAACCGCUUCAACCAGCAAGACCUGUUCGUCAUCUGACUUCUCCCCCUGGAGCAGUAUUCCCUUUCAACUUUCAAAACGAAUAUCCGUGCAAAACUCAGUGCUUACAAAGCGGAGUUAGCAGAUGUAAAACGAAUGGAAUGCAAGCCUUUUCUCAAGGUCAUAAUGAACCACAGCAACAUCAGUCUCCAGUUAAAAAAGAGAGAAUUAAAUACAGCAGAGAUUUCCUGUUGAAGCUCUCAAGUGUUUCCAUCUGCAGAAAAAAACCAGACUUUCUGCCUGAUCAUCCCAUUGUACUUCAAAAACCAGAAAACCACCCAAGUUUUAAGUAGCAUUUUAAGAACAGAUGAAUUUGAACAUAAAGAAUUACUCGUUUUAUAUUUUGGACACCUGCAAAUGAAGUGGACCUAGUAACAAUAACUGUAAUGGACUGUGACAGUUCAGCUUAUUUUUGAUGGUUGGGUAUUUGGUUUCUCCCUAAAAUGAGAAAGAUAUUUUAAAGUAUAAAGAAUUUUCUAAUCAGUUUCAACUUUGCAGGCAGUUUCCUGCAUAAAUUGGGAAGUAACACUGGAAAGUAGGAAUUCGGUUAGCAAAGUGGGAAGACUGUAUUUAUAAUUUGCAUGCUACUUGCAUUUUUUUUGUUUUUCAUCUCUUGUAAUAAUGGAAUGGAAAUGUAAGCUGUAAAGAUUCCCAAAUAUAAAGUAUUUGCUAUGAUGUAUAUAUGGUACAUAAUUUCUUGUUGCUUUUAAAGUUGCUUUUGUUCUGUUUGCCACUGAUUUCAUACCAGCAUUUUGAAAGGCUCUUUACAAUCUCUCCAGAGGCUUGGGAUGAUUCAGGAUGUUCAAUGCAUAGUUCUCCAUGACAGGAAACAGAAUCUUUUAAUAGGCAGUUCUUUGGUCUCUAGGUUUUCGAUAGCAUUAAGAUUCAUAAUUACUAGCAGAGAUUGACAAUUUGGAAACCAGGAAACUGAAGGUGGAGAAUAGCUGCUACUUGUUGUGUCUAAUCAGACUACAUGAACAGAAGUUGGGCGAUUGCAAAAUAAAACUGAUAUUUUUAUCUCCAAAGAGGAAAAAUUUAGGCAUUUGCAAAUAAUUGAGGUGCGUUAAGUUUCAAUUCUGUAAUUUCUUAUAACAAGAACACAUGGAUGAAGAAUUUGGGGGUUUAAGCUUUUAGCUCCUAGAAAUUUUAUAUAAUAAAUUCCUGCAUUUUGUCACUCUGGAUGUUACUAUUGAAAAAAAGUUUCUUCCAACAUAGUGUCAAAAAAAAAAAUUGCUGAUAUAGAUAAAGGUAAGUGUAAACUUUCCCUACUUUUAUUUUCUCAGAUCCCCAGGUCUACCGGCAAGGCAUUUGAGACCAUCAUUUGGCAGAAAGUUUAUCUCAUACUGAAUUCUGAACUCCUAAAAUCAGUACCUUUUUCCUCACUGGUCUUUGGGCUUGUUACCUAGAUUUAAGCUUUUAGUCCAUGGGAGGCUUCCCAUCUUGGUCUAGUUUUCAUUACUUUGUUCCCCAGAAAGAGAUUUUGUUUUAAUAGGAACAAAACCCCCCAUAAAUUUAUGGGUUAAUUAAAAAUGAUACAUUAAUACCUAGGGCCCAGAUUUUUCACUUAUUUUCUG